AUGGCAAACAUUACCGCCACAGUUCCCCGGCCGGCCAUCUCACCAGACGACGCCGAGCCAACGCGGUGGUUGGACCAGCCGGUCCCCACACCCAAGUUCGGCGACCACGGCUACUGCACCAUAGCCAGCAGCGUGCGCAUCGCCGCGCCGCCCCAGACCUGCCUGGGCAUCGUGCUCCACGCGCCGGGCUACGCGUCCCCACAUGCCUGGAACAACUGGGUCCGGAAAAUCACCAUCACCUCCUCGCCCGCUGGAGAUGACGCUUCUUCUUCCGCAGCAGCCGGCAUCCCCGCCGAGCUGACGGGACCCGACUACCUCUCCAACGGUGCGCAGUUCGACAUGUCGAUCUUUAUGGACCACACGACGACGUCGAGUCCGCGCGUGCAGUCGAUGGACGUUACGGCCUGCGAGGCCCUGACCGACGGGAGGAAAGGGUUCCGGGUCGGGUGGACGUACUGCAUGUUUGGGCUGCACUGUGAGAGGAUUCAGGAGUUUGUUGACGACGGUGAAGGCGGCACUGUGUACACGACCUGGGAGACCUUUGGUGGUGUCAUUGCGAGGAUUGUUUGGUUGACCAAUGCCAGUGGCAUCCAGAGAGGCUUUAUCGAGUGGGGUCGCGGGUUGAAGGAAAAGGCUGAGACUAUGGGCUAG